AUAUUACUAAGUUUUUCAUUUUUCCAUCUUAAUUGCUUUAAUUUAUAAUUCUAUCUCACACAUGGCUCUCUCUCUUUUGUAUCCCCUUCUUCUUGCCACCUUUCUUUUCAUGCAAACUCUGGCAGAUACUUCAUUUGUUCAAUCUCGUGCAGCAUUUUACCCAAACUCUCAAGAAAAUGGCACAGAUGUUGGUGCAUGUGAAUUUGGUUCCUUUGGUGCUACGGUUAAUGGUGGCGACGUAUCAGCUGCAUCUAAUCUUUAUCGAAAUGGUGUUGGCUGUGGUGCCUGUUACCAAGUAAGAUGUAGCAAUAGUGCUUUAUGCUCAGACAACGGUGUGACUGUGGUUAUAACUGACUCAGGCUCAGGUCAUAACACUGAUUUCAUUCUUAGCCAACGAGCCUUUGGUAGAAUGGCUCUCAACACUGACGCUGCUGCAUCUCUAUUAGCUCUUGGCGUACUUGAUAUUCAAUAUAGACGUGUCUCAUGCAGCUACCCAAACAAAAACAUUACAGUUAAGAUACAUGAGAGCAGCAACAACCCUCACUAUUUGGCUUUUGUCAUAUGGUUUCAACAAGGAAGUAGAGACAUAACUGCUGUUCAGCUUUGUGAGACUCAAAACUUUGUGUGCAAGUUACUGGACCGGAGUCAUGGAGCAGUUUGGACCACUACAGCUCCACCAAGUGGACCUUUGACUUUGAGGAUGUUGUUUAGCCCUGAAGAAGAGGGAGAAGAAACAUGGGUGGUUCCUGUUAAUAACAUACCACAAGACUGGAAGGCUGGACAAACAUACGACUUAGGGGUACAAGUGGACCAAUAGAGAAGCACCAAAAAAUAAGUAUCAAUCUGAUGUUGCCUGUAAUAUAUGAAAUAAAAAAAAAAAUUAAGUUUAUUAUUUUAAGUUCAGUCGAUUUACCCUAUUUAAUUUCCCUUCAAUAAUUUUGUUUUUCUCUUAAGUUGUGAGGACCGACGAAAUUCUAUGAUCUUACUAGACAUGUAUGCAUGUCACCCAAAUCCCCAGUGUUUUUUUUUUUUUUUAGUGUAACUCCUUAUGUAUUUCAUAAUUAAAAAUAUCUCAAUUUUAUUCACAAGCAUGUUGAAAUAUCA